ACUAGGCUAGCUUUUUUUUUUAAGUUGUCCCUCCCUCUCCUUUCUUCUCUCCUUUUUUUUUGGCCGCCGCCACUCAGUCUCUCGCCCCAGAGAGAACGAGAGCCCCGCAUUUGACAAGAACAGGCAUACCACCAAAGCACCGCUACCACCACCGCCAUGGCAUCCGCAAGCAGCUCCGCACAGGCCGCGUUCGGGCUGGGCCGCAGGAAGAAGAGCCCCGGCCUCCUGGAUCAGAUUGGGAAGUUCUUUGGAGGAGACAAGAAGAGGAAGAGCAAGGGCUCUUUCCGAGGCGCUCUCUCCCCCGCCCCUCAGAAAGCCUCUGCCGCCUCCCCGCGUAAGCGCGGCGCGGAGAACGCCGUGGUCCAUUUCUUCCGCACGAUCGUGUCCCCCGCUCCUCCUAAGUCCAGGUGGAGAGGACUAGCAGCCAAGAUGGGCCUGGGGUCCCAGAAGUCACACUCCGCCAAAGCCAAGAAGGCCGGUGCAGGGGAGGGCACCCUGACUAGGAUCUUCAAAAUGGGAAGCAGGAGCGCUUCUCCGGCCAAACGCUGAGCUCCCUCCCUCCAGGCCUCUCCAACAGCAACGGAGGCAGACGUCCACCAACGCGGCACCAAAGCGGGGAAGCGGAGGAGACCUUGUCACCCCUGGAAAACUCACCCCCCCCCCCCCCCCCCCCCCCCCCCCCCUCACCCACCACCCUAACACGCUAAUGCCCUCUAAACACCCUCACCCUUCCCCUCCCCCUCCUGCCCCUUUGGCUGGUUGACAGCUACACAAUCUGUUGCCCCCCCCCCUUUUUCUGCUUUAGUCUUUGCAGUCAUCACCAUGAGUGUGAACGGUUUGCUGAAGUUCAUCCUGAAGCCGCUCCCGACUGACCCCCCCCCCCCCCCCCCCCCCCUGCUCUCUCUGUGUACGGCUUUACGUUCCCGUGGGCGUCCCUGCUGGUUUCUCUAACCAACGCUGGCUGAGCUGGAGCGAACCCGGGGCGGAUGAAGGAUGAGGCCGAGGAGCUGCAACGACCGGGUUGCUUCCGACUUAGCAAUGAGAGGUUUUCUGUCUCGUCACGCGUCCUUGUCGCCCCCUCAGACCUCUUCCGUGCACCCGAGCCUAAACCCUAAACACGCCUUGACAUCAUUCAGAGCCUUCGAGGUCACAGUGCGCUUCAUUCAACCCUUGUGUCUCAGCUUUAGUUAUGUCCAGUCGUGAGUGUGACGUUGCUCUGUGUUUGUCUUUAAAGCCGCUUGUGGGGUUUGUGGUUCAAUUUCUAAACAUUCUAAACACACCUGAAAUAUUAAUUUGGCCUUUUUCUAGUGUAUCAUUCUUCCUGUCCACGAGAUGAUAGCACGCACUACUUUUCCUCUUGUAAAGCUUUCAGACUCAGCUUUCAUCUCUGCAUGGCUCACGUUCUGUGCAUGAGCGUAAAAAAGCGUCCUUGCUCCUCGCUACCAAACACAAACACUCUGCUGUGUUUCAUUCUUGCGGAUGAUUCGAAACACACACGAACACAGUUUCACAAUGGUGCUCCAGAACUAACUCUGUAGUGUCGUAUUGCAAAGUUGUAACCUGAGAUUGUGCGAGUUGAAAGUUUUCUGACAUGAACAAAAGUAAAAAGCUUUUCCACACCUUCACUCAGCCUAAAGCAGAGGUUUAUGAUAUUUAGCAUCCAUCUCUCUCACUGUCUGCGUGCAUAGUGUACGUCUCUGAAUGGACCCUGUGAAUGAAUGUAAAGACCCCCCCCCCAUCAUUGUAUGUGUAAUAAAACUUGACCAGCCAUUUAACUGAGAAUAAAAAAUAAAAAAGGUUUAAAGCACCUCUAAUCACUG